AUGGCAUUGGGGGAUUUAAUGGCAUCACGCUUUUCUCAAUCAACUGUCCUCAUAGUUCCUAAUCACCACGACGAAUCCACCGCUACUGCUUUUUCCUCAUCCGCCUCCGCCGCCGCUUUAAACGAUGACAACGAUAUCACUUCCGUUCCUCAUCGGCGUGAUUCCGAAUUCGCUGCUACGAGUAGUAGUAGCACCGCCGCUUAUGUUAACGCUGCUACUACCAUGGCGUAUCUACCGCAGACUAAUUUCUUUAAUGAGCUUCGUCACGAUGCAUUUGAACUUGAGCUUCCUAAAGGUCCUUCCGAUAGUGGUUUGGUCUCGAAAUGGCGGCCGAAGGAUAAAAUGAAGACAGGAUGUGUAGCUCUAGUAUUAUGUUUAAAUAUCAGUGUUGAUCCACCAGAUGUAAUAAAGAUAUCCCCUUGUGCAAGAAUGGAGUGUUGGAUAGAUCCUUUUUCUAUGGCACCACAAAAGGCAUUAGAUUUGAUUGGGAAAUCUUUGACCAGUCAGUAUGAAAGAUGGCAACCGAAGGCACGCUAUAAGUGUCAACUUGAUCCAACAUUGGAAGAGGUGAAAAAGCUUUGUACUACAUGUCGUAGAUAUGCAAAGUCAGAAAGAGUUUUGUUCCAUUACAAUGGCCAUGGUGUGCCAAAGCCAACUCCUAAUGGUGAAAUUUGGGUUUUCAAUAAGAGUUAUACGCAGUAUAUCCCUUUACCAAUCAGGGACCUUGAUUCCUGGCUGAAGACCCCAUCAAUUUAUGUUUUUGAUUGCUCUGCGGCUGGUAAAAUUGUGAAUUCCUUCAUUGAGCUUCAUGAAUGGAGUGCUUCUAACUCUUCUGGGUCUCCAAGGGAUUGCAUUAUGCUCGCAGCAUGUGAAGCACAUGAGACGUUGCCCCAGAGUGUAGAAUUCCCAGCUGAUGUAUUUACAGCUUGUCUUACAACACCAAUAAAGAUGGCAUUGCGAUGGUUUUGCACUCGUUCAUUACUUCGCGACUCGUUUGAUUAUUCACUUAUAGACAAGAUCCCUGGCCGUCCAAAUGACCGAAAGACACUUCUGGGUGAAUUGAAUUGGAUAUUUACAGCAGUAACUGAUACAAUUGCUUGGAAUGUUCUUCCUCAUGAUCUUUUUCAGAGACUGUUCAGACAGGAUUUGCUUGUUGCAAGUUUGUUUCGAAAUUUUCUACUUGCUGAGCGAAUCAUGCGAUCCGCAAAUUGUACUCCCGUCUCUCACCCAACGUUACCACCAACCCAUCAGCAUCACAUGUGGGAUGCAUGGGACAUGGCUGCCGAGCUCUGCCUUUCUCAACUUCCUUUAUUAGUUGAGGAUCCUAAUGCAGAAUUUCAGCCUAGUACAUUUUUCACCGAGCAGUUAACAGCAUUUGAAGUCUGGCUUGACCAUGGUUCUGAGCAUAAGAAACCACCCGAACAGUUGCCUAUAGUACUUCAGGUUUUACUUAGUCAAUGCCAUCGAUUUCGUGCCUUAGUACUUCUAGGAAGAUUCCUUGAUAUGGGCCCAUGGGCUGUGGAUCUGGCAUUAUCUGUUGGAAUCUUCCCUUAUGUUCUGAAACUGUUGCAAACAACCACACCAGAACUACGUCAGAUUCUUGUAUUCAUAUGGACAAAGGUUCUUGCACUUGACAAGUCAUGUCAGACUGAUCUAGUGAAGGACGGAGGUCACAUCUAUUUUAUGAAGUUCCUUGAUAGCUCGGAGGCAUACCCAGAGCAACGUGCAAUGGCUGCUUUUGUUUUAGCGGUGAUUGUUGAUGGUCAUAGAAGAGGCCAAGAAGCUUGUAUUGAAGCGGGUUUGAGCCAUGUCUGCUUAAAGCACCUUGAGAGUUCAUCUCCUAAUGAUUCUCAAACUGAGCCCCUUUUCCUUCAGUGGCUUUGCCUGUGUCUAGGGAAGUUGUGGGAAGAAUUCACAGAGGGAAAAUUAAUCGGUUUGCAAGGAAAUGCAACUUCUAUAUUUUCUCCUCUACUGUCCGAACCCCAGCCAGAGGUUAGGGCAUCCGCUGUUUUUGCACUGGGUACCCUUGUCGAUGUGGGAUUUGAUUCAUGUAGAAGUGGUGGUGGAGAUGAAGAAUGUGAUGAUGAUGACAAGUUUAGGGCUGAAGUCAGUAUAGUUAGGAGUCUCUUAAGUGUCGCUUCAGAUGGGAGUCCAUUGGUGAGAGCAGAGGUAGCAGUUGCUCUAGCACGUUUUGCGUUUGGCCACAACAAGCACCUUAAAUCUAUUGCUGCUGCAUGUUGGAAGCCUCAGACUAAUUCUUUGAUAAAUUCCUUACCAUCAUUGGCUAAUAUUAAAGAUACGGGUGGUGGAUAUUCUAAACAGAGCCAACAUAUGGCUCAUGGUAGUAUUGUUUCACCUCAAAUUGGUCCUCUAAGGGUUGGGAGUGAAAAUUCUAAAGUAAUUCGUGAUGGGCGAGUCUCUUCAAGCAGUCCUCUUGCUAGUUCUGGAAUCAUGCAUGGGUCCCCAUUGUCUGACAAUUCCUCUCAUCAUUCAGAUUCAGGAAUACUGAAUGAUGGUUUCAGCAAUGGAGUGGUUAACAACUUUGGGCCGAAACCUUUGGAUAAUGCACUGUAUUCGCAGUGUGUAAUGGCUAUGUGUACUUUGGCAAAAGAUCCAUCUCCGCGAGUUGGGAACCUUGGUCGCCGGGUACUGUCCAUAAUAGGUAUCGAACAAGUGGUAGCAAAACCAGCGAAGCCUUCUGGUGUUCGUACUAGUGAAGCUACCAUUUCUCCUAGUCUUGCUCGCUCAUCUUCUUGGUUUGAUAUGAAUGGUGGACACUUGCCUCUAACCUUCAGAACUCCUCCAGUCAGUCCUCCUCGCACAAGUUAUAUAGCUGGAAUGCGUAGAGUAUGUUCAUUGGAGUUUAGGCCUCACCUGAUGACUUCUCCAGACACUGGACUGGCUAACCCACUUUUAGGAUCUGGUGGAGCUUCUGGGACUUUUGAUCGCAGUUUUCUUCCUCAAUCAAAUAUAUAUAAUUGGAGUUGUGGGCACUUCUCCAAACCACUUUUAACUGCUGCAGAUGAUAGCGAAGAAGUAUUAGCUAAAAGAGAAGAGAGGGAAAAAUUUGCAUUGGAGCACAUAGUGAAAUGCCAGCACUCUGCUGUUAGUAGGUUAACAAAUCCAAUUGCUAAAUGGGACAUAAAGGGUACACAAACAGCAUUGUUACAACCUUUCUCUCCGAUAGUGGUAGCCGCUGACGAGAAUGAACGCAUCAGGAUAUGGAACCACGAAGAGGCAACACUACUUAACAGUUUUGAUAAUCAUGAUUUUCCUGAUAAAGGAAUUUCUAAGCUCUGCCUGGUGAAUGAGCUUGAUGAUAGCUUGCUUCUUGCUGCCUCAUCUGAUGGAAACGUUCGGGUUUGGAAAGACUAUUCUCUGAGGGGGAAACAGAAGCUUGUCACGGCAUUCUCUUCAAUUCAUAGUCAUAAACCUGGUGUGAGGAGUCUGAAUGCAGUUGUUGAUUGGCAACAGCAAAGUGGUUAUCUGUAUGCAUCGGGGGAAAUGUCAUCAAUAAUGCUGUGGGAUCUUGAUAAAGAGCAACUUGUUAAUACUAUACCUUCAUCUUCAGAGUGCAGCGUCUCAGCGUUGGCUGCUUCUCAAGUUCACGGGGGACAGUUUGCUGCUGGUUUUAUAGAUGGCUCUGUGCGACUAUAUGAUGUCAGAACACCCGAAAUGAUUGUAUGUGGGUUACGGCCACACACACAGAGAGUAGAAAAAGUUAUGGGGAUUGGCUUUCAACCUGGGUUAGACCCUGGAAAGUUGGUAAGUGCUUCUCAGGCUGGGGAUAUCCAAUUCCUUGAUAUAAGAAAUCACAGCAGUGCCUAUCUCACCAUUGAAGCUCACAGGGGCUCUCUCACUGCUUUAGCAGUACAUAGGCAUGCUCCAAUCAUUGCCAGUGGUUCUGCCAAACAGCUCAUUAAGGUUUUCAGCCUUGAGGGUGACCAACUGGGAACCAUUCGUUACUAUCCUACUCUAAUGGCCCAGAAAAUCGGUUCUGUGAGCUGCCUAAAUUUCCACCCAUACCAAUUACUACUUGCUGCUGGUGCUGCAGAUGCAUGUGUAUGCAUCUAUGCCGACGAAAACACUCAAGCAAGAUGA